CAUAUAUCUAUCUCAAUACAUAUCUUGGGAGGAAAGGCAGCUAGCAAUGGUUUUAGCAUCUCAAAAUGAGCUUCCAUUGAAUGAGAACGACUCGCAAGACAUGGUCAUAUGCCAUGCUCUAAACGAAGCCAUGGCUCUGAACCGCUCAUCCUUGCCUGAAAAACACCAGUCCUCAAAUCACCAAUCGACUUCGAAUGGCCUCAAACCAGUUAAGAACAUCGGAAAGAAGCACUAUAGGGGCGUAAGGUGUCGUCCAUGGGGUAAAUACGCAGCUGAAAUUCGUGACCCGGCGCGACAUGGUGCACGUGUAUGGCUAGGCACGUUUAACACGGCCGAAGAAGCUGCCUGGGCAUAUGAUCAAACUGCUUUUCGAAUGCGAGGUACUAAGGCCAUACUCAACUUCCCAGCUGAAUUUGUUGCUUCAUUGUCAUUUGGAAAAGUCAAGCCAAGUUUUAGCGUACCCAGUUGCUUAAAGAACAGUACCAGCUCGACUAUGGAGGCACCAAAAAUAUCAGAAUCCUAGAGGAACACAACUACUGGUGGUUCCAUAUAUGCAGCGUCAGUCCUUUAGAUCACCCAGAGUGGUUUUCGAAUUCAGGUUCUUUUCAAUUUCGAAUGUAAGUUGUGAAGGAUUGAAGGUGUGAUAUUUUUCUUUUUCUUCCUUUGCACAAGCUACUUUCCCUUCUAGUCAAACCAUGUGUAUAGACUAAAUACACAGUAGUUUAGGUUUUCAUAUAUAGUUUGUGUAGUUAAGUCAACAACAAAGGGCACACAAAUGUAAUUUAUCUGAUAUUUGUAAUUUAGUGGCAAUGAAUUUGAACCCUUUCUUGCU